AGGCUCAGGCCCUGGAAGGACCGUAAAAUUUGGCCAGCUUGGUUUGGACACCUGGCAAAGACCAGGUUCUGAGAAGCAAUGGUGAUGAAGGCCUUUGUCCUGUUGGCCAUCUUUGCAGAAGCCUCUGCGAAAUCAUGCGCUCCAAAUAAAGCAGAUGUCAUUCUUGUGUUUUGUUAUCCCAAAACCAUCAUCACCAAAAUCCCCGAGUGUCCCUAUGGAUGGGAAGUUCAUCAGCUGGCCCUCGGAGGGCUGUGUUACAACGGGGUCCAUGAAGGAGGCUACUACCAAUUUGUGAUCCCAGAUUUAUCACCUAAAAACAAGUCCUAUUGUGGAACCCAGUCUGAGUACAAGCCACCUAUCUAUCACUUCUACAAUCACAUCGUUUCCAAUGACAGCACAGUGAUUGUAAAAAACCAGCCUGUCAACUACUCCUUCUCCUGCACCUACCAUUCCACCUACUUGGUGAACCAGGCUGCCUUUGACCAGAGAGUAGCCACUGUUCAUGUGAAGAACGGGAGCAUGGGCACAUUUGAAAGCCAAUUGUCUCUCAACUUCUACACUAAUGCCAAGUUCUCCAUCAAGAAAGAAGCUCCCUUUGUCCUGGAGACAUCCGAAAUCGGUUCAGACCUCUUUGCAGGAGUAGAAGCCAAAGGGUUAAGCAUUAGGUUUAAAGUGGUCUUGAACAGCUGCUGGGCCACCCCCUCGGCUGACUUCAUGUAUCCCUUGCAGUGGCAGCUGAUCAACAAGGGCUGCCCCACGGAUGAAACCGUCCUCGUGCAUGAGAAUGGGAAAGAUCACAGGGCAACCUUCCAAUUCAAUGCUUUCCGGUUCCAGAACAUCCCCAAACUCUCCAAGGUGUGGUUACACUGUGAGACGUUCAUCUGCGACAGUGAGAAACUCUCCUGCCCAGUGACCUGCGAUAAAAGGAAGCGCCUCCUGCAAGACCAGACCGGGGGAGUCCUGGUCGUGGAGCUCUCCCUGCGGAGCAGGGGAUUUUCCAGUCUCUAUAGCUUCUCAGAUGUUCUCCACCACCUCAUCAUGAUGUUGGGGAUUUGUGCCAUGUUGUAGACUUAGCCAGGCAGCUGCUGCUCCUCCACCCACAAUCAUCCUCAGCAAAUGACAAACACAUUUAUUGUGCUGCCGAAAAGAACAAACAGAAGACCACAUUGUUGGGGAGCAGAGAAUAGCACUUUGCCAAAUAUGCGCUCCAAUCAUUUCUGUGAAUUCGGUGAUGCUUUUUUCUUUCUAAGAAAAAGUUAGAUUACUUCCUAAAAACUUAGAUUAUUCCCUUAGAUCUCCCAGUCCUUCUAAAGCUGCGGGAGAAGUCUCCUUUCUCCAUACUCAAGUCAGGGCUGCAGUGAAUUCCUUUGAAAGCUAUUUUAACUUUAAAAGGUUAGCAUACCCAACCAAGUACCGCUGAGCAUUUUGAAGAGAAUAUAGGGUGCAACUACAAAGUCAAUGCUAAAUACAGAACACCCAUUAAUAGCUGACUUUGCCGAAAAGGGGCUUUGUCAUUGAGGCAGUAUCAUUCUACCUAAGGACCAGAGCUGAGCUCCCAGGCAGGGGGUUCCAACCUUUCAACUGAUGACGUGGGAGAUGAUGUGGGAAUCAGAGUGGAAUACAAUAGUUUCGCUCAAACCUAAUGAUAUAAAGGAAAUGGAUUCUUGAAAACGCCUAGUACUGACCUAAUUUGUAUGUAUUAUACCAUUUGUUAAAUAUAUAAACAUGACAUAGGUAUAAACUCUGUUUUUAUAGCAGAUGUAUACUUCUAAAGUCAAAAUAAAAUUACAAAUUAAAUAGGAAUAUUUGCAAAAAGAAAAACCACAAGAAGAAUACAACUCACAUUAAUUUAACCUAAUAACAUGGCAUUGCCCCAGUGAAACCGCUGCUGGAAACAUGACUAUAAAGUGACUCCAAUGACAUAGGUGUUGUGAGUUUGGUGACUCAAUCCUACAAAUAAAUGCCUUGUGACACUCAAUGCUAUUUUUCUCUAUUUGCUCUACUAAAAAGUUUUCAUUUGUAAGAAAUGGUCUGAUCUCAUUUAGCUUUCACUUAAACAUCGAAGCUUACAUCUGGUUUUGUCUCAUUCACUUACGAUGAUUAGAAUGAAGCUAACACAAAAUCAGAAACACAAAUGCAAAUGUGGCCAAUGAAAUUAUGCAGUAGCACAUCUUGGUAACUGGCCACCCCAGUGAUCCAGAAUAUGCCCAUAAAAAUGCUUUAUAUUGUCAACAAAAUACAAACUGAAAUUCUGGUAGAGAAUUGCCUGGACUGUGAUAGGAAAAGGCAGAGUUCUAAGUUCUUAGUUAUGUAAAGACUUAAUUAGGAGGCUUAUAAUUUGAAAACAACACAUGCAUUUGUCUCUCUGUAUUUAAUGUAUUUGAGAAGUUUUGCAAUCUGCAGUUUGAUGAUUCUUUUACAACUUGUGUUAGUGAACUCAGAAAUUAAACUAGUUAUGAAAUAUCCAGAUACAUGAAGUAUAUGUUUGUUGAGUAAUAGGCUAGAGUAAAAUGACUCAAUCUAGUCUAGAUUUGGUCCCUAAGCUGGAGUUCCAACGAGUUUAGGAUCUCUUCUUUCUAUAAAUUCAGAUUUUUUGUAGUCAGGAAAAACAGAAGACAUAUUUUAUUGGUUCUAGUAGAAAACUCUUAAAUAGCAUACUCAUAGCCAUGUUCAAAUCCUUUGCUGUCAGAAUAAACCAAUGUUCUAUUAGUUUUGCUGUAUUUCAUCCUUGUGUUUUAUGAUCUUGUAUCUCUACCUGGUGCUAUGGAAUAAAAAAAAUGCCUUAAAAUAAA